AUGUCAACAUACAGAUGCUCAUUAAUAAUAUUUUUGGAUUCCUUUUUAAAUAUUUUGUUACUUGAUAUCGACUUUUUUGUAUUAUUAGUUUUCAAACAUAAACCAUGUAAUUUUAGUUUUGUUCAGUCAUUAAGAAUAAAUAAAAUAUCGUUAAAUCGCAGCAUUAUAAAUUCUUUAGACCAUUGUUGUACAAAUAGAAGUGAUUCCACUCACACAUUAUCUUCUCUAGAAAAACCGAAAUUUAACAACUGUAGAAUUGGUAGAAAUCAAUAUUCAUUUAUACGAUAUAACACACUAAACACAUAUAAAACAUUCAAACCACCAAAAUAUGAUAAAACACAGAAUGGAAACUUAAUACACAUUGAUAAGACGCGUGUAGAAUCCAUGAUUCCAUACUCUCAAACCUCUCUGUACCUUUUUAGAACAAUAAAAGACUUUUUCAAGGGUCCAUUCACGGGCUGGUAUGUGCCCCCGAUUCCAGUGGGAGAAAAAGUAUCGUAUAUGUUAAGGGGUAAAGAACCUCUACAAACAGAUGAGCAAACCGAAGAGUUUUUAAGCAAAAUCGGAGCGACAGAUAGUGAUGACAUAUUUGAGGUGAUGGCCAAAUAUAGAGAACAGAUUAAAUCAUCACCCUCUUACGUGAGAAGGUACUUAAUAUCCUCGUGUCAAGAGUAUCUGCGGAAGUAUUUCGUACGCGUUUUUGAGGAGGUGGAAGACGUUGCCUCCAGGGGAACAGACGCAUGGAGAGAGUUCUGGAAGCCUGAAAAGGACGAGACGGGAAGGUUCACGGAGUCGGACUCGUUAGAACUCACUGAGAAAGACAGGGAGUUUGCAAGCUGGUUUUCACCAAAGCUAAAAAUCGAAGAGUCCAUAAUGGAUGCAAAGAGGAGACAGAGAGCGUUUUUAAGGAUCGAUAAGAACAAAUACAUUGGAUUAGUACGACUCACAAGAGACCCAAAGGGGCGCCUUAUUAGAUGUCUGAAGUCAAUGGUGCCAGUAAUGGCGGCAGGACUCUUACCAAAACUAGGCAAACUAUCAAUAACAAUCUCAUCCAUGAUGGCGUGUAGAAUCAUUUACAAGGGGGAUGAGAAGGAAAAGUCAGAAAAGAACUGGGACCCUAGUCGGUACGUAACACCGGGCGAUCUGGACGGGUCGGAAACCUCAAAGUCGCUGGUAACACUGGCACUAGUGGCAGGGCACUCCGCGCUGGGAUACUUAAUGGCCUCGGUCGCAAAUUUGGGGAGCACACUGGUCGUCGAUGCAAUAUACGCGUUCUUUAUCAACACGCAGCUGAUUUUAAGCGCACUACUCUACGAUACAAGUCAAAUGUCGUUCAAAGAAAUAACGGAAAUCGGCAAGAAAAGAGAAGAUGAUCACGAAAGCAAGAUUGACCUGGACGAGGAUUAA